GUCGUCGCAAUGUCUGUCGUAACAGGUGUCUUCAUCGUCGCUGAAAAACGCACCCCAUUUGGUAAAAUGGGUAGUGCGUUUGUGAAUAAAAGCGCAAUUGAUUUGUCGGUUGUUGCCUCAACAGCAGCAAUUCAGGCAGCAGGAUUAAAACCGGAGAAGAUUGACAGUGUUGUAUUUGGAAAUGUACUGACGUGGUCAUCCGCUGAUGGAAUUUAUCUACCAAGACAUGUUUUACUAAAGUCAGGAAUUCCAUUGGAAAAGACGGCAUUUGGCGUAAACAGAUUAUGCGGUUCUGGUUUUCAGGCAAUCGUCAGUGGAGCUCAGAACAUUUUAACGGGAGAAUCUAAGAUCGUUUUGACGGGCGGUGCAGAAAACAUGAGUCAAGCACCUUUUGUUGUGAGAAACAUUCGUCACGGAACUAUCUUGGGUCAGAUAUACGAUCUUGAGAACUCACUCUGGCUUGCAUUUCUAGACACUUAUUGCUAUUUUUCCACGGGGUCGACUGCAAAGAAACUCGGUGCGCAAUACAACUUGACCAGAGAAGAAGUCGAUCAAUUUGCCUUGAGCAGCCAACAACGGUGGAAAGCUGCCAACGAUGCAGGUCGUUUUAACGAAGAAAUCGCACCUGUGCAAGUAAACAUUAAAAACCAAGAUAUUACUAUCUGCACGGAUGAACAUCCACGUCCGCAAACAACAAUAGAAACUCUCGCCGAACUAAACUCAGUUUACCAGAAAGAUGGAUUAGUCACAGCUGGGUCUGCAUCGGGUAUUUGUGAUGGAGCAAGCGUUGUUAUUUUGGCUAAAGAAGCUGUCAAGGCGGAAGGUUUGAAACCAUUAGCGCGUUUGGUGGGAUAUAGUAUUGUUCACGUAGAACCGAGCAUUAUGGGAAUUGGUCCUGUGCCGGCAAUCAAGAACUUACUCAAACUUACGGGCAAGACUCUCGAAGAAAUGGAAUUAGUUGAUAUUAUUGAGGUCUUUGGUGCUCAAAUUUUGGCAUGUGCGAAAGAGAUGAAUCUUGAUUUGAAUAAAUUGAAUGUGGAUGGUGGUGAAAUUGUCAUGGGACAUCCAUUGGCUGCCUCUGGUAACAGGAUCAUUGCUCAUUUGGUGCACGAACUCAGGAGACGAAUGGCUGGUAAGUUCGGUAUCGGUUCGGCUUGUAUUGGCGGCGGCCAAGGCAUUGCUGUGAUGGUGGAAGUACUGUAAUCAUGGAAGUACUGUAAUCU